AUGGAGGUGCUGAAGAAGGAGGUGAGGUCGUUGCUAGUGGCUGCCAAAGAGGGUUUGACCCCCUCAGAGCUGGAACGUGACUACGUGGCCAUGAUUGGAAAACCUCUCCCUGUCCACGGCCUGGGCUUUCGGUCCACCUUGGAGCUGGUGGAGAAUAUGCCUGAAGUUGUCAGGGUCUGCCCUUAUGAGAAAGGCACUUUUAUCCUCAGAGCCAUUGCAGAUGAGAACACAAAAAUGAUUGCCCAGCUGGUUGCCAAACAGAGAUGUGCUAAAUCCCGGAAGGGUGCUGCUGGGAAGGCAGGAGCUGCUCAUCCUCCUAAGAAUCCACAGAGGGUCAGGGCCCCCAUCCUGCCAGCAACAGUGAAGGCUCAGCUGCAGGACCUGCUGAGUUCCUCACCGCUUCUGCUCAUCGACUUGGAGGAGGCCUUCUUCAGACGCUUUGGCCGGGCAUUCCAGUACAAACAAUAUGGAUUUUUCUCCUUGUUUGAAGUCCUCAAAAGUGUGUCUGACAUCGUUGUGGUUGAGCAGACAAGAGCAGGUUCCUUGCUGACUCUGAAGAAGUGCGUGUCAAGUGAGAUAGAGAAGGGAGAGAUGCCCCAAGGUGGGGCACGGGAAGAGGCACCCCGAGGUGCGGUGUGGGAAGAGGCACUCCAAGGUGAGCCUCAAGAUUUGGAACCAUCCUUACUAGCCAAGUUGAUGGCUCCAGAAAUCCCCCUCGAUGCUGUUCAGGACAGAAGCCUUUGCAGUUUACCACCACUGGAGAGAAGGUGCUUGGUGGGAGUCUUUGUGGAAUUUGUCGUCUCUCCCAGCCAGUUCUACGUCCGCAUCUGCAGCAGGGAAAAUUCUGACCAACUGCAGGAUAUGAUGGUUGAGAUGAGACACUGUUACUCAAAUAAACUUGUUUCUGACCGUUACAUCAUGCCCGAGUCUUCAAUACAGCCUGGACAGCUUUGCUGUGUGACUGUCUUGAAAUGGUGGUACCGUGUGAUCAUCCACCGUGUGGUCAGUGACCAAGAAGUGGAGGUUUUCUACCCAGAUUAUGGGAACCUGGACAUCGUCAGAAAGUCUUGCCUGAGAUUCCUCAAGUGGUGCUACUUGAAGCUCCCUGCUCAGGCCAUCCCAUGUUCCUUGGCAUGGGUAAAACCCGUGGAGGGUACAUGGUCCAGUGCAGCCACUCUCCUGUUCAAGAAGCUGUGUAACUCCAAGCUACUUGUGGGCAUCGUGGAUGAAUACGUGAAUGGCAUUUUGCAUCUCUUCCUGUGUGACACAUCUACCAAGGAGGAUGUCUACUUCCACAGUGUCCUGAGGGAUGGGGGAUGUGCAGAGGUCUGCAGAGAGAACAUUCCUUCCCAGGGAUUCAAGGAGCUGAAUCCUUCAGCUUUGUAUAUUCAGCCCAGUGGAAAUCAGGAGAGUGACAAACUGGAAUCUCUAGAUGAAGAUAGUGAAACAGCAAGCUUAAAGCUAGAUGGGGAUGAACCUUGUGACCAGCAAUUGCACCUGCCUGCUGAGGAGACACAGGAUGAUGUGCUGCCACUUUUGGAGGAAAUGGGUGUCCCAGGAACAACAGACCAAGACCCUGAACUGGCACAGGAGGAUACAAAUGAAGCUCUUACAGAGCUGAUGGCAGUGGUUAAGUCAGUGGAAGACUUUGACACCUCCUUUAUCUACUCCGAGCAACCAGCAGAAAUGAGCCGAGAUGACCCUGAUGAAGAGAAAAUGAAGAGCCAAGAGCUUCCUGGGAGUCUUGCUGUCAGCCCGUACAGCUCUGCUGGGCUGUCAGACCAGGGGCCAUCUCAGAAACUCUAUAUCCCUCCUACCACACUCUCCACAGUGUUGGCUGCUGCACGCUUGGCUACUUCCAGCCACUACUUACAGUGGCUCCCAGGCCUGAGAAAGAAGGUGUGA